GUCAGCACGACGUUUUAGCGAUAAGCUCUUUGCUACUUAUUCGGUGUUAGUAAACACUGUACAUCGUGUGCUGUAUCGUAGUGUUGUCAUCCGGUAUUGAGGAGUCGAAGUGAUGGCAGACAUAGAUGAUAACAUGACAGUAACAGUUGAAGAAGAACACCGUCGGAAGCCUGAAGACGAAGUUCGACGCAGAAAGAAGCGUAUAUACAAAGCACUGAAAAACCAAAUGGAAUUUUAUUUUGGUGAUGCUAACCUAACAAAAGACAAAUUUCUCAUUGAUUUAAUAGAAAAAGAUAAAUAUGUCGAUCUUGCAAUUUUUUUGCGCUUCAACAAGAUACGAGCAUUGACUUCAAAUAUAGAAGAUAUUGCAAAAGCAUUAAGAGACUCUGAGAUUCUGUCCGUCACUGAGGAUGGGACAAAAGUGUACCGUACAACACCAAUACACAUCAAGGAAAAUGAGGAAGAUUGUACCAUAUAUGUGGAGCAGCUCCCACCUGAUGCUGAUCAUGAGUGGCUCAAGAGAGUAUUUUCAUCUUAUGGUGAAGUAGUAUAUGUUUCAAUACCGAAGUAUAAACCAAGUAACAAAAUAAAAGGUUUUGCAUUUGUGGAAUUUGACACCCCAGAGGCAGCCAACAAAACACUGGAGGCUUUUGGUGCCAUGGGUUGUCGGUUACCAGCUCAGAUGCCACCAGAUAACCUUUGCAGCAUAGCAACAUUUGAGCAAAUAUCUGAGGAAGAUAAAAAUGGAGAGGAAACCACAAUGACUACAGAAACUGUAGAGAAAUCUGAUUCUGAGCAACCAACCAACCAGAAGAAAAGAAAACUGGAAAAUCCAGAUUCUAGCAUCGAUAGUGAAACCGGUGCGGAUACUGGUCCGAGCAGAAAGAAAAAGAAGAAAAAGCAGAAGAGCAAUGAAGGUGAAUUGACUUCUCAAGAAGCUGAAAAAGAGGAGGUUCCUCCAUCAAAAUCUACAGUGGAGAAUGCUGGAAGUGGCAAGACUGCGAGGAAAAGGAAAUCCAGAGACUCAAAUCCACAAAUGCAGGAUGCUGAUACAGAAAAUGAAACUAGCCAUGCCGAAGUUGAUAAUGAGUCUGAAAGUGUGGCAACAGAAGAAGCAAAGUCAAAGAAACAAAGGCGGGAACAAGAAACGGAAGCUGACAGCGGUGAUGAAUGUGAAAUGAAGUCAGAUGAUGAUGCUGAAGAGAGCAAAGAUGAUAAUACAGGUGAAGAAAGGAGAAAAAAGAAGAAGAACAGGAACAGAAAGCGAAAGAAGAAAGUGAAACAAGAAAAUGAUCCGAGCAAACUUGGAUUAAAGAUUUUGUCCAAGCGUGAAUGGAAACGCCUCCGAAAUAAAUACCUGGACUUGCAGCGUAGCAAAAUGAAGGCAGUGAAGCAGCAUCUGGCGAGAGCAAGGUGGGCUUCUCAGACUCCCCGUGCAUACAGUGAGGAUGGUGAAAAUCACCAUGAAGUGGCACAGCAGCAAGCAGUUGUAUCUUCAGACCCUCCUCGAACUGUGUUUACUCCGGGCGUCAUAGCACACGUUACACUUGACGAGCCUAUCACAGAUGUGGCGAAGUUCAAGAGUGAUGUAAGAGGAUAUUCUGACGUGCAGUAUGUUGACAUCUUAGAAGGGACGAAUGAAGCAUAUGUGAGAUUUUCUACACCAUCAUCUGCUGCACAUUUUGUUCAAGAGAAGCCUUUUGGCAAUAUGGAGAUCCUCUCUGGUGAUGAGGAAAUGAACUACUGGAAUAAAAUAAAACAGGACCGAGCAGAAAAAUUCUCUCAGAAGAUUAAAGUGAAACAGAGAGGAAGAGACAAAUUACUGAAACGUGUCGAGAGAGAACUAGGAAAACACAUAAGAUUUGAUGAAUAGUUAUUACCGUUGUUGAUCAAAACUGAAGCGUUGUGUGUAUCUAAGGAAAACAAAUCAUGAGCCAUAUUUGUACAUUCAUCAUUGUAAUUCAUGAGAGAAGAUAAAAUUUUAC